AUGGCAGAUGCAUCCCGUACGCCCAACUUUGCCCUGGGCGAUGCAUCCGGUGUCAACACCGCGCUGUCGUUCAUGAUCAUGAUGGUGGAUACUACGGAGGAGGGCUCGAGACGGAUACAUUACAUGCAGACUGAUUUCAAGGCGACGGGCGAAAAGACGAAGAUCGAAUCGUCGAGUGAGCCUGCCGUGAAGUACACGGCGCCGGGCAGCUUGGGAGAGACUGGUAAACGGGAGUAUUCGUUUCUGAUGUACUUGCAGCGCGGCGAGACCAGCUUGGGUGAGAUUCCCGCGGCGGGUGAUGAGAUCGACGUCAAGGAGUUUGAGCAGAAGAACGGGUUGCCGGAGGCGAGAGCCGGGCUGGCGAUUUCUGUGGAUAUGGGAGGAGAAGACGGCCAGAAUACCGAGACGGAGGUUGCCACGACCUCGACGGCUGCCACGACGAGCGCCACGAUGUCGUCCACCUCUGAUCCUGUUACGACUACAUCGUCUUCGACGUCGGUCCCGCCACCACCACAACAGCAACCACCGCCAGCAGCAUCGUCGCCGCCACCACCACCAGAGUUGGACGACCCAAACAACCCGCAAGAACCGAACAACCCGCAGCAGCCAGACAACGACGGCGACCCAGUUCUGUUCCCGUUCCCCUUCUCAUUCCCAUUGUCCACGCCCGCAGGGGGGACGGGUAUCUUUGCAGAUCCUCCAUUAGGCACGGGUGCGUCCACCAUUGCUCCCAGCAUGACAGUCACCACCAUACUCCCCGGUCCACCACCACCACCACCACCAGCAGCUAACAAUGCCACCACACUCUCCCGCCUUCCAGGGCGUAACGCACCCAUACCCACACCCACUCUCACUCUCACUCAGCCUACUGACGUCGAGACAGAAGCCGAGCUAGACCCGACGGGGGCUCCCGACGCGGCAGAAACGCCCGCCCAAGAGGAGCCAGAGAUCCCCGUUGAGACGCAGACGAGCGUUGUCUUCGUUCGGCCGGGUGGUAGCACGACCUCUGUGGAAGACGCGGACGCGAACGCGAACGCCGCGGGCCCCGAAGAGACCCUGCAAUCUCAGCAGGAUUCGGGGUCGCAGAAGAUGGGGGUGACGGGACAUCUUCCGCUGGUCUUCACGCUGGGCGGUGCCGUCGUUGGUGUCUUUAUGGCACUCUUGACGCUUGUGACAAACUUCUAG